GACGCCGACGUCAUCUGCGGAUGGCGGUGACUCGCUCCUCGAAAUCCCGGAUCGGGACGCUACAGAUAUCAUACGCCAAUCUGACAUCGAUGAACAGUCGUUUCGUCUACGUGCAAAUCUCGAAACGAAACAUUGAUUUCUAUAGCGCAAACGUGGAUCCUGUUCAAUUUUUUCACUUUUUUGUUUAACGUUUAUUGUUGGUGGUUGAUAGUGACUAUAUAGGCUUUUUUGAGGUGCCUCUUGUGUUACAGUUCAAUAUUGAUAUCAAUAGUGAAGAAUAAUUUGAAAAACUAAAUGAGCGUAGAUUAGAGGAGAUAAAGAAGUUGUAGUGGAAAAAUAGCAAAGAAAAUACCUUAAGUAUCACAGUGAAAGUACACAAGAAUUUAUUAUAGUUUCAGAAAGUUUGAUCUGCAAGCCGACAACGCGCGGCGUGAAUGAUUGAAGAGCCGAGAUGAAUGGAACACCGACUGUCACAGCUACUGAAGAACAUCAGCAUCCACAUCAACAAACACCUAAUGAAACAUCUUCGGAACAUCCACGAAGUCCUACAAGUCCGUUAAGCGUUAGACACGAUUCUGGCGAAAGUAGUGUUAUUUCUCCAGGCUUACCAGAGCGUUAUAGUCCUCUAGGAGCAACAGGAUCCACAUCUAGUCACGAUCCUUAUGCGUCACGAUCAGUUCAGGAAUGCCCAGUACCCCUUUGCAGAGGGAUGCCUACAGACUUCCCUUUGGCUAGAUCGCCGUAUCUGACUGCCCUAGGCAACGGUCAUUCACAUUUGCUGGGCCAAGUGCAGCAUCAGCAGCAGCAACAACAGCAACAACAACAGCAAUCGCAACAACCGCAACACAGUAGUAAGCCGCCGCGUAGCCUUGGAUUAAUAUGUGUAGUCUGUGGUGACACUAGUUCUGGCAAACAUUAUGGAAUACUUGCUUGCAACGGUUGCAGUGGUUUCUUCAAGAGAAGCGUUAGACGAAAGCUGAUUUAUAGAUGUCAAGCUGGUACUGGAAGGUGCAUUGUGGAUAAAGCACAUCGGAAUCAGUGUCAGGCUUGCCGACUGAAAAAAUGUAUGCAAAUGGGAAUGAACAAAGAUGGCGACUUCAACAGUCAUCACACUCUCUGGGGAUUACAUAAAGCAGAUCACAGAGGUCGGCUAAUCGAAAAGUUACUAAUCGAGAACGAUCUAUUUCUCCUAAACAACAAAGAUAUUGCUACUUACUUCAGCACAGCAACUGGUAAAUUCAGCUCCAUUGAUCUUACUCUCUACACGCCUGACAUAGCGGAUAUAUUAGGAUGGCAAGCUUCCCUCGAUCUAUAUGACAGUGACCAUUUUCUAUUAGUAAUCAAUAUAGAAUUCAAUACAAACACAUCUACCAUCCAUCAACCUAGAUGA